AUGUACGAGAAUCAGCUUGUGUGUCUAACCAUUGGCGAUACGCCAACAACCCAAUUCAUAUCCUGGAGAUUAAGUUUAACAAAUGUAUUUUUAAUACAAGUUGCUGAUUGCAUAUCAAGUGAUGGUUUAGUGUCAUGGAAAUCUACAAAAUUAGGUUUAAAUUUUUAUAAGCCCAAUCUAUUUUAUAAAGAUAUGGAGACUUUAGAAAAAGAUUUUAAAAGAGAUUCAAAGUCCGACCUCUAUAAAGUUGAUAUUGUUAUUAUUUCAUGUAUAUCUUUUAAAGAAUACCAAAAGCAUUGCCUUUCGUUAUCACAAAUUAUUAAUGAAAAAACAAUAAUCAUAGCAGAUGCAAAUUUUUGUGUGGAUAUAGAAUUAUGUCUAUACACUAAUUUGCAAAACAUUUUUGGUGGGAUUUUAUCAAUAUUGUGUGAUGUAGAAACCAGAAAUUUAUCAUCCGGAUCUUAUGCAUUGGUCAGUGAUUGCAUUCGUGUAUUUUUAGGCGUUACCUAUAUUUCAAAUGAGCCUGCAUAUGCUGAAGACAUUAUAAAAUUUAAACAAUUAAAUAAUAAAAAAUUAAAACACCAAAUCGAAGAUAAAAAAUCUGUCUUAAAUAUCUUUUACCUGUUAAUCAGAGAGCAUACUACAAAAUAUAUUGAAAUUAUUAGUACCGAAAGUAACGAGAUGGCAUUGAAAGUAUGGUUAUAUAUUAUUCCACGCAUUUCUUUGAACACCAUAUCUAUUAUAUUCGACCAAUUGGAUUAUUCCUUACUUUUACAACAAAACUUUGCAAGAGCCAUUUUUCAAGAGCUAGUUGACGAAUUAAUUGUACUAAGUUAUCGUCAUUCGCAUAUUUUACCUAAACAAUUUAUGAAAAAGGAAAUAGAAAUUACAGAUAGUACUGAUCCAAACGUUAUUGUUGAAAUUUGUCAAAAUAUAAAUUACGAUACUAUUGAAAAGCUGAUCAUUGAUAGAAAAAGGGAGUUGGAUAGGUUUACUAUUAAUGAAUAUCCAGAAUUUUUGACGUUGUCUUUUGAGGCAUAUUGUUUCUAUCACAAGUUGGAGUAUCCUGCAUACAUUUUACUUUAUCAACCGAUUUUUUUGGCCGAUUUUUUUAAAGUGAAAUGUUCUUCAUUAAAAUUUCUAUUCGGUUUUUAUUCACGAUUAUUGGCAAUUAGUGGUUAUGCUAUUGAAGGCGGUACAUCAAUUGCUACAACGCCCGAUGUAUUAUUUGGUAAAAGGUUGCAUAUCACAAAUUCUGUACCUCCUGAAACAACUAAGAAAGAUAACAAGACAAGAGGAAAGAGGAAUCGUAACAGAGAAGGUAAACCCACCGGUGCUAAAAAAGGAAAAUCCAAAAAUAUUAGGAGCAGUGAAAAGUCACCUAUAUCGACUUCUAGGAACAACAAAUCUAGCGAAGAACUUCAAGACGAACAAAUUCAAAAAAGCUUGGAAGAUUUAUUUAUAGAGAUAGCUUCAGUUUCUUCUGGCUCAAAAAGUACCGAUGAUGGCGAUGUUAAAAACAAAAUGAAAGAGGGAAAUGGAAAUGAUGCUGAAUAUUGGUCUUCUGGCGAUGAUAUUUCAGAUUCUGAAAAGUUUUUAAACACUCUUUCCAACGCAGAAUUGCUGAAACUAAAUACAAAAUAUGUUGAAAAUUACAGGAAGAAUGAACAAAACAUCUUGAAAUUGCAUACUCAUGAAGAUUUUAAUGAAGAAAAAGGGCGUGGCACUGGUACUGAUGAUUUCGGACCAUCUAAUUAUGUUGAUCCAAAUAUGAGUGUAUACCUUCCAAAUUUUUCCACUAGACCCACAAGAUAUAAACAAAAACAAGCGAAUAUAUAUUAUAGUUAUGCUAAUUCAGAAACACCAGCUGCGUCAUUAAGGGCUUACUCAAAUCAAAUAACUGAUUUUGAGAAGGAAAUUAGAUCGCAUAAUUUUACUAGCGUACCAAAAUUUCAUGGAAAUGAGUUGACAGUUAGUCCUGAGAAAAAUAAACAGUUGAUUACAAAAGAUGUGUUGGAAAAAAGAAAACAACUUAAAAGUAUCAUGAGGGCAUGCAGGGAACAUAAUGUCACACAAACCUAUCAGUUUGGAAAUGAUCGGUAUUCUGCUAAAAUAUAUGAUAACGAUAAAUUAUUACAUAAUUAUAUCGAUUUAAUAUCCAGUGUUAAUAUGGGUGGGAUAUUAGAUUUGACCACAAGUAGGUAUGGUUCUGUUGAUACUGCUGAAAAAAUUGAACAAGAUUGCAGAACAAAGAAAAAAAGAUUAGCUAAACAUACUCAGUUAUUGCUUACAAGUACCAAAUCUGAUGAAACAGAACCAAUCAACUAUUGUUUAAAAACUACAAAAAAAUGA